AUGGCUACGUCGACACCACAUCUGCCAUCUGUUCGAGAUGUGUUGACGAUGGGGUUCGAGCGUCUUCUUUCCUUGUGUGACGAUCUCGGUCUGCAUGGAGACUUCGAAAGGCGGAUUCAGUGUCUCGAAGCUGUGUUGGAGCAUUAUCGCAGCAAGGGUUGGAUCGAACAAGAAGAACCAGUUUUUCUGUCAAUCGUCGAAACGUUGUAUGAAAGCUUUGCUCAGAAAAGACAAACACUGCGGGAUCUUGUGGAUAGAGUCCGUCAGUUUAUUACAGAAGAAGAGAAUAAAGUUAUUCUGGAGAAAUUGCUUCCUUCUGAGUUGAUAUCCAGUGAAAAUUGGAAGUUGAAAGAUUGUGAAGGUCUUCCGUCAAUACUAGUAGCCGGUUCGACUUCGUCAGGUAAAAGCACUUUAGUCAACGCACUACUUGGAGAAGAAAUCCUGCCUGUCCACCACAACGCAGCGACUGCCGUUUUGUGUGAAAUCAAAUAUUCAGAUGAUGGCACGAAGUUUGCAAUAGCACAUUUUCAAAUGAAAGACGAGAAGUUGGAUUUGUCUACUGAUGACGGCCGGCACCGUUUGAAAGAGUGUGUAAUUCAACGUCGCAUUGCCGGCUGUCAAGACGAAAGUGAAGACGAAUUCAUCUGUUCUUCUGUAGAAAUCUUUUGGCCUCAAAGCUUCUUGAAACAUAUGAUCCUUGUAGACAGCCCGGGGACUACAGACGACACUCGAUAUAGCGACAUCACCGAACGGUACCAGAAUGAACUUGCUAGCGGUUUUAUAUAUGUCGUCAAUUCUACUCUAGCUGCCGAAGAAGCCGCUAAGAUUGGAAAAUUGUUGGAAGCUGUUACGAAUGCCUCUAAUACUCUACCUUCUCCUCACUCUGCUAUUUUUGUUCUCAACAAGUGGGACUCGUUUUGCAAAGUUCGUAGAAAAAAACCGGAAAGAGAUGAUUUUAUCGUCAAAUUUUGCAAACAACUUGAAAGUGCUUGGCCAGGUUUCAAGGAAGACCAAUUGAUUACAAUGAACUCGCUAUUAGCUUGCACAGCUCGGCAAUACGGACUUAACUCACAAGAUAUCAAAAAUUUAUGUGAUAAGUUGAAGACGUUGCUGCCAUCAAGCAUGGACGAGAUGCUAAGAAGGAGUGUAGGGGAAGUAAAGAAGAGAGUAGAUCAAAUAGAACGAAAACUAGAAAACACGAUCCGUCAGCUUAAGUUGCCACUUGAAGAACGCAAGCAGCUACAAACUAAGGACAUUGAAAAAAUUGAGAACUUUGAAAGGGCAUUGAAAGAAUGCAAAAAACACCUUAAUACAGAAAUAGAGAAACAUGUGACAAAGCUACAGCGUUACUUGCAAGAAAAUCGAGAUAAGAUUCUAAGUUCUGUAGAUUUGAAAUUGACAAAUUUUAAUCAAUCCAAGUUAGAAAAUGAUGAAACCGUCUUGAAAGAAACUUUGGAAGGUGCUGUAAUGGCAAGUAUUCCUGAUUACCCGGGCUUCAACGACUUCGUUCGGUGGACAGACAGUCUUGAAGUAAAAUCAACUCUGAAAAGCAUUCUUGACCAUUUUGGAGGUAUAGAGGCUGACUUAAACUGCACUCUUGAUACAAGCGACGUCACUGUAGAUGUUGAAGAUUCUUCUUUUGCCAAAAUUGCUCGUGGACUUUUGAUUGGAAUUCCCCUGGUCGUUCUCGCUAUCGUCGUUGCUCCAGUAACAGCAGUUGCCGUUCCAAUUUGGUUUGCCCAUCGCAGUAAGAAGACGUCACGGAUACGAUCACUGCUGCAGCAACGAUAUGAUGAAUUUCUUGAUCAAAGCGCAACUACGCAUGCAGAGCUAAAGAAAUUAUUGGAACGUCAUACCGCUGUUGUUUCUCAGGCCUUUUAUUACGUUCACAAAAUUAUUCCUGAAAAAGUAGAAAGUUUGAAGAAAGAGCUAGAUGAUCGACUACUACAUGAUUCCCAAAAUGAGCCUCGGUACCGGCACGUGCUAAAUUCUUGUCAAUCCGUAAAAGGAGCACUGUGCAGAUUUAUGAUUGAUCUCGACAUUCACGAAUACAGAGAAGGUGACAUCAUCUGGCCAAAUAGACAGCGACAACGAGUUGGAUUCGGUUCGUUCGGAACCGUGUACGAAGUUCAAGUGAAACGCAAAGGAACUCAAGUAAGCGCAGCUUUAAAAGUGCUACAUAACGAAGUCGACGACGACACUGCAAGGCUCUUUGUCAAUGAACGAGACAGUUGCAGGAAGUUUAAACACAAAAACUUGGUUGAGCUCUAUGGGACAGUCAUAUUUCCAGAUUUUGAAAGCGUCAAACGUGCUGCUUUCCUGUUUGAAUGGUGCGACGGCGGAACUCUACGAAAGGAGUUGGAAGACAACUACAAGGUGCCAGAUCUAGUGACAAGCGCUACUAAUAGAGCGAGAGCUGUAGCAUUGCAAGUGGCUGAUGGAUUGCAUAAUCUUCACAUAAAAGGCGUUAUUCACAGAGAUAUAAAACCGGAAAAUAUUUUACUUACAGGUGCCAACAGAUCAGUAAAGAUAGCUGACAUGGGGCUAAUUAAACAAGCAGAUCAAGCAAAGACGGUUAUUGGAACCCAUCGUUAUAUGGCACCAGAAAUCAUUCAGGAAAGCCCUUAUGGUAGCGCAGCAGAUAUCUACAGUCUAGGAGUAGUACUAAUUGAAAUAUGGUUUGGCGAACUCCCAAUUCAGCUGGACAUGAACAAACCAUUAGGAAAUCAAUUAGACGAUCUGUCAGGAUCACAAACAGCGCAAAGCGAGAGUCCAAGAAAAAUCUGGCUGACAAUUGCAAAGAGAUGCUGCAACAGGGUGGCACCAGACAAAAGACCGAAAGCAGACGAUAUUGUGAAAGAAAUGAAAGAUUGGGACAAAAAAACUUAACUCUGCUAUUUCCAUUUAAUUAAUUAAUGUAUGUCUGCCUGUGACUGUUUACCAUAUGUCUGCAUCCAUCAUCUUAGCGUAUAAUUAAUUAACUAGAUUCAUACCUGUUUUGUUGAAAACAGUUGGUUAAUGUAAUCUACAGGAUUGAAGUCCGGACUAUCGAGAGGAUCAUGGCUGGGUAAUAACUGUAAAAAAGUAAAUAAAUUAAAC